AUGUCCAAUGGGAAGGUUGUCCCUUCCUAUCAUUUUAUUGAGGGAAAGAAAAGAGAGAGAUCGCAUGGAUUUGAGUUCAUUGUAAGGGAUGCUCAUAUGCCAAAGACCCAUAAGCUGACCUGCUGGGGUAUUAACUGUAUUCCAAAAAUUAAAUUUAUUGAACAUCAUUUUAGAUACGAUUUUGAAACACAUUUGGAACAAAUUAUCUUGCUCGCCGAUCUCUUUCAUCUCAUCUCCCUCGAUCUCUCUUCCUCCCUCUCUCUCUGCCUCGCCGCGUUUGUGCGUCUGUACAGGAAAGAUGGAAUGUCGAAACAUCUCGACUUCAACAGGGACAAAGAUAUAGCGCGAGAUUUUCGUCCGAACUUUGCCGACGCCAAUGGUGAACCUAAAUACAUGAAAACUCCGGUUUCCUGCUAUCUUCCUCAACUACGAGCUCUUACAUGGUCCUUCGCUGCUCCACUCAUGUUAGAAUGGGAAACUCAUCCUACCAUUAAUGGAGGCGAAGCUAGGAGCUCUGUCAAAUGUUCUCAUAAAUACCUCAAGGUGGUGGAAAUGGCUGGAUACUAUGGUGGUACAAGCGAUUUCGAACUUGCCAUGUAUUUUAUUGAGAUUGUUGUUGCACUGGACAAAGUUGUUAUUGACCCGCGCUGUCAAUAUUCUCAUUCGAUACGUUCACCCGAAUCUACUAAAUGCGAGGAACUUGCUGGAAGAAGUCGCGCUUACUGGCAGUUUCAAGGGAAAGUACCUAUGGGAGUUGAACUCGUACUGCUCUGAUCACUAUUUUCAUAGGCGGGACUGUAACCUUAUAACAUUAUUAUCAUACGAUCAUGACGGUUGUGCGAUGCAUAUGAAGAGGGAACAAUGCAGCGUCUAAGUUAUCAUUGGCUAUUAUUAGCUGUUGUGGAGCAGUGACUUCAAUUAUUUCUUAAUUUAGACAGUUGAAUGUGAAAUUGUGUUAAUCGUUAGAGAUGGGGCAUUAUUGUACAACUAUUUAUCCUGAAGUGAUGUUUGCAUACAUGCGACUUCUUGUUUG